AUGUACUUUCUUGCUUUCAUCUUCUGCCAGAUUUUCGCUGCGCUCACAUGUUGCCUCGCACUGACCGCGAUAACCGCUACGCCAUAUGGUCAUCAUGGACAUGAUGGUGGUCAUGGAGGAUAUGCUGGUGGUCACGGAGGACAUGAUGGUGGUCAUGGAGGACAUGGUGGUGGUCAUGGAUUUGAAGUUCAUAGUGGUGGAUCCAGCCACGCUUCUGUACAUUUAGUUUCACAUGACGAUCAUCAUGGUGAUCAUGGACAUCAUGGUCAUCAUGGACAUGGUCACGAUGAUGGACAUGAUUCACAUGCUGAGUAUCAUUUCAACUAUGGUGUUAAGGAUAAGAAGACGGGUGAUAUCAAAGAGCACAGCGAAAAGCGUGAUGGUCAUAAAGUAUCCGGUCAUUACGAGUUGAUCGAUGCGGAUGGUCAUAAGCGAAGUGUACAUUAUACCGCUGAUAAACAUAGCGGCUUCCAUGCCGUGGUCCACCGUGAACCUACACAUCAUCAUGUUCCCGAUCACGGACACACCAGCUACUAUGGUGGACACGCUGAGGUCGAAUCUCACGAAGGAGGACAUCAUGGUGGUCAUGGUGGACAUGACGGCGGUCAUGGACAUGGCGCCGGUCACAGCAGCCACUCUAGUGGUUUCUCAAUCAAGCAAGAACAUGGUGUUGCUCUCCAUCAUCAUGGUGGUCACGACGGUCAUGGAGGUCAUUAG